AUACUCUACUUUAACGCUCUUUUCAGCACCACUUCUACAAGAAGCCCUUCAUCUAGCAGUUGGUUCAGUUGAUGAGAGCAUUUAUAAAACAGGCGGCUCAGAGGCAUCAUCAAAAUGACGAACACCAGAGGAGUAUGAGACGAGACUACUAGUAUGUGGAGAAAGCAUGCCCUUUCUUCCCUGGCGUCUCUUGCAGCACACAAAUUGUCCCUGGUGUACCACUGCCUCCUCUGUGAUAUUCACCCCCAUUUGCUCACUAUUCCUUGGCAAAAGUAGCCUUUACCAACUCUUACAGCCUGUUUUGAGCUCCGACACCACUCUUAUCUCCCAGUAUGGCUGUAGUAGAUGUGAAAAUAGAGACACCAUUGCACCAUUGCACCAUUGGACCCUGCGUGUAUACUUUAAUACUCUUUUCAGUAUCUUUUCUACCAGAAACUCUUCACCUCAUACAGCUGCUUUAACUGACGUGCUGUGCUGCUUGGAUAAAUGAAUAUUGAAAGAAUUAUAUAAAUUGCUAUCCAAGGAACGAAACUUGUCUGACCGGCUUUGUUUAGUAAAGCACCUGAGUUAUGUACAAGUCCCUUCUCGUAGGAUCAUUUCAAUCAGAA